UGAACACGUUUUUUAGAACAAUAAACUAUUCAAAAAUCUUGAAAUCUAUUGGGUGUAAACUCUUGUAGCUUUGUUACGGUUUACGUUAGGCUAGCAAAGUUAACACCUUAUCAUCCUCACCUGACAUGGCUGCUCCUGCUACUGUUACUUUUGCUGGCGCGAAUUCUGUUGUUGUUGGGAUAAGUUUACUGAGCUCACCUCGCAUUUUGGCAGCAAAGGGGUCUCACUUCCUAUCUCCAUCUUCAUUCUCUAAAUUCAAUUUGGAUUUUGCUCCUCUGCACCAGCGGACCUCUUUACCUUCAACGAAGCUUGUGGUUCGAGCCGCUAGGACCGAGUCCAAAGGCCUAUCCUUGGGCUUCAGACCUCCAGAUUUUCAGCUUCCAGAGCCUCUUACUGGGAAAGUUUGGACCUUGGAGGAUUUUGAAUCAUAUCCUGCUUUACUGGUUAUGUUUAUCUGCAACCACUGCCCAUUUGUUAAACUCCUGAAGAAAGAUUUUGUGAAGCUUUCAAAUUUUUACAUGAAGAAAGGACUUGCGGUUGUUGCGAUAUCUUCAAACUCUGCCUCUACACAUCCACAGGAUGGACCUGAAUUCAUGGCUGAAGAAGCUAAAAUUUUUCAGUAUCCUUUUCCAUAUUUGUACGAUGAGACACAAGAUGUUGCAAGAGAUUUUGGGGCUGUUUGCACCCCUGAAUUUUUCCUGUUUAAAAAGGAUGGUCGGAGACCAUUUGAGCUUGUGUAUCAUGGACAAUUUGAUGAUUCCAGACCAAGUAAUGGUGUUCCUGUAACUGGAAGGGACUUAAGCCUGGCUAUAGAUUGUGUUCUUAGUGGGCAACCAGUGUCUUCCGUGCAGAAACCGAGUGUUGGAUGCAGCAUAAAGUGGCACCCGGAGACAAAUUUAUAAUCUGUACUUCUCGGUUCAACUUUAUGGCUAUCAUAAUAUGUGAGUAGAACUUCUCCCAUGUUCUGCAGUUGGCUACUUACCUUUGAAUUCAAGAAUGACCUUCUUUAUUUUCUUUUUGUGUUGUUUCCUUACUCUCCCACGAUCAUAUAUUACUUGCUUUGGUAUUCUAAAGCAUAUCAGAACAAAUUGGUGUAAUUCACAAUUCUUUUUAUUUAUUUAUUGACCAUGUAAUAUAAGUUCAAUAAGCUCCACAUUUUUUGUAUAUCUAUAUGAUUAUCCUCAUUGAGAUGAA